AUGGGAGACUUGAAUCCGACCUCAGACAUCCCUACACCUAUCUUGCAUUCAAGCUUUCUAGAAAAAGCUCUUCACAUCAACUCUUCUGCAUCAGUUAUUCACAGUUACAAAAGUAUAUUCAAUGGUUUUGUCGCUCUAUUAACGACCGAUGAGGUUCACCUGCUUUCCUCAAUGGAAGAAGUUGUGUCAGUGUUUCCAAAUAGAAAAAAUCAUAUGCACACUACAAAAUCAUGGGAUUUCUUGAAAUUUCCUCGAACGAUUAAAAGACAGAAAGAAGUUGAGAGCAACAUCAUUGUUGGAGUAAUAGAUUCUGGAAUUUGGCCAGAACUAGAUAGCUUUAGUGAUGUUGGAAUGAGAUCGCCACCGAGCAAAUGGAAGGGAUCGUGUCAUGGGCUACGGAAUUUCAAAUGUAACAAUAAAAUAAUUGGAGGAAGGUACUACAAAAGAGAUGGUAUUUUCUCCCAAGAUGAUAUUAAGUCUCCAAGAGAUACUCUUGGUCAUGGAACUCAUAUAGCUUCAAUCAUUGUCGGAAAUCUUGUUAGUUCGGCAAACUUUUAUGGUUUAGGAGAAGGUACAGCACGAGGAGGAGUCCCUUCUUCGAGGAUUGCGGUGUAUAAAGUACUUUGGGUCGAAGGUGCUGAUGACAUCGACACCAUUCACGCAUUUGAGGAUGCUAUCAGUGAUGGGGUUGACAUAAUAUCAAUUUCUUUAGGAUCAAUUAUUAUUGAAAACUAUAUGCAGAAUUCAAUAUCUAUUGGGACUUUUCAAGCAAUGAGAAAAGGAAUUAUGACAAUAUGUUCUUCCGGAAACAAUGGUCCUCGACAUAGAACUGUCAGGAAUGUUUCUCCAUGGGAUCUUACUGUGGCAGCAAGCUCAACUGAUCGAAAGAUCGUGAACUAUUUGAAGUUGGGUAAUAUGGAGAGUUUGUUGGGAUCUUCAAUGAAUGCGUUUGAUCAGACUAAUUUCUCCACUUUGGUGUAUGCUGGUGAUGUGCCAAAUAUUAGAGAGGGGUUUUCUCCUAAUACAUCAAGAUUUUGCCAAGAGACUAACUCACUAGAUGCUAGAUUUGUAAGUGGUAAGAUUGUCAUUUGUGCUGAACAAAAUAGAGGGGACGCAGCUCUUUUCGCUGGUGCAAUUGGUAUGGUGAUAAUAGACCCACGCUACGAUUUUUUCGAAGAUAAAAAGACAUUUGCCCUCCCGACAACCGUUUUUAACGAGAAAGAAUCGAGCAUAUUCAUGAGAUAUUUCCAAAACUCAAGGCAGCCAGACUUAUCUGCGCCUGGUGUUAGAAUCUUGGCAGCAUGGUUACCUACUGUAUCUCCUUCAACAUCGAUUUUAGAUACAAGAAGGUUGUCAUAUAACAUUAUAUCGGGCACGUCAAUGGCAUGCCCGCAUGCUGCUGCUGCAGCCGCUUAUGUGAAAUCCUUCCAUCCAUCUUGGUCUCCGGCUGCUAUAAAAUCUGCACUUAUAACCACCGCCUCCGAGAUGAGUGUAAAGACAAAUCCGGAAGCAGAAUUUGGUUAUGGAGCAGGCCUAAUAAACCCUGUAGGUGCCAUAAAUCCUGGCCUUGUGUAUGAUGCAAAUCUAGCUGACUAUGUGCAGUUCUUGUGUGGGCAAAACUACACCAACAAACAGUUGAGCCUUAUUACGGGUGACAAAAUAGCUUGCACUCAUUAUGGGAGUAAAACUUCUUUAAAUCUUAACAUGCCUUCAUUUUCCUUUCCCAUCGUUCCGUCAAAUACUCCUUUUAAUGUCUCCGUUAAUAGGAGAGUUACCAAUGUAGGAUCAUUAAGAUCUACAUACAUCGCCAAGAUUCUUACUCCGCCUACAUUCACAAUACGAGUUGUACCGAGCACACUUUCUUUCACUAACGUUGGACAAAUUAAGUCAUUUACAUUGAUUGUUGAGGGAAUAAUGGAUCGUGUGACAGCGGUUUCGGCUUCUUUGUCAUGGAUAAGUAGCACAAACAAACCGAGCAAGCCUGGACACUACUACAUGGGAGUUUUUAAGAUAACCGUCAUUUUCAUGCGGUUUCCACCUCGAGCAAGAGUUUUCCACCACCAUCAGGUGGAUUUUCCCAAGGUCUCAGCUUAUUGUCAACGUCUCAAAGUCACAAACUCUUCUGCAUCAGUUAUUCACAGUUACAAAAGUAUAUUCAAUGGUUUUGUCGCCCUAUUAACGACUGAUGAGGUUCACCUGCUUUCCUCAAUGGAAGAGGUUGUGUCAAUAUUUCCAAAUGGAAAAAUUGAUAUGUACACUACAAGAUCUUGGGACUUCUUGAAAUUUCCUGAAACGAUUAGAAGAGCGAAAGAAGUUGAAAGCAAAAUCGUUGUUGGAGUAAUAGAUUCUGGAAUUUGGCCAGAAUUAGAUACAUUUAGUGAUAUUGGAAUGGAAUCUCCACCACCUAAAUGGAAAGGCUCGUGUGAUGGGCUACUAAAUUUCAAAUGUAACAAUAAAAUAAUUGGAGGAAGGUACUACAAAAGAAAUGGUAUUUUCUCCCAAGAUGAUAUCAAGUCUCCAAGAGAUACUCUUGGUCAUGGAACUCAUAUAGCUUCAAUCAUUGUCGGAAAUCUUGUUAGUUCGGCAAACUUUUAUGGUUUAGGAGAAGGUACAGCACGAGGAGGAGUCCCUUCUUCGAGGAUUGCGGUGUAUAAAGUACUUUGGGACGAUGGUGCUAGUGACAACGACGUCAUUCAUGCAUUUGAGGAUGCCAUCAAUGAUGGGGUAGAUAUAAUUUCAAUUUCCAUGGGAAAACCUAUUAAAGACUAUAUGAAGAAUUCGAUAGCUAUUGGGAGUUUUCAAGCAAUGAGAAAAGGAAUUAUGACGAUAUCUUGUGCCGGAAACUAUGGUCCUAAACAUGAAACUGUCAUGAAUAUUUCUCCAUGGGUUCUUACCGUCGCAGCAAGCUCGACUGAUCGAAAGAUCAUGAACUAUUUGAAGUUGGGUAAUGGGCAGACUUUGUUGGGAUCUUCAUUGAAUCCGUUUGAUCAGACUAAUUUCUCGAAUUUGGUGCAUGCUAGUGAAGCGCCAAGAUUGGGGGUUUCUAGUGCUACAUCGAGACUUUGCCAACGCCCAAACUUACUAGAUGCUAGACUUGUAAGAGGUAAGAUUGUCAUUUGUUUUUCAAACAAUCGAGGGGAAGCAGCUCUUUCCGCUGGUGCAAUUGGUAUGGUGAUAGUUCGCCUACACAAUGCUACGUUUGAAGAUAUUGAAACAUUUGCCCUCCCGACAACUUUUGUUUACGAGGAAGAUUCAAGCAUACUCCUGAAUUAUUUACAGACAUCAACGAAUCCAACUGCAAGCAUAUUUAAAAGCCAUGAAAGUUUUGAUCCAUUUGCACCAUAUAUUGCAAACUUCUCAUCAAGGGGACCGAAUCCUGCAACACCUGAAAUUCUUAAGCCUGAUUUAUCUGCGCCUGGUGUUAGAAUCUUGGCAUCAUGGACACAUUAUGCAUCUCCUUCAGAAUCAAGGUUAGAUACAAGAAGGGUGUCAUUUAACAUUCUAUCGGGUACGUCAAUGGCAACCCCACAUGUCUCUGCUGCAGCCGCUUAUGUAAAAUCCUUCCGUCCAUUAUGGUCUCCGGCUGCUAUAAAAUCUGCACUUAUAACCACAGCCUUUGAGAUGAGUGCAAGAACAACUCCGGAAGCAGAAUUCGGUUAUGGAGCAGGCCUAAUAAACCCUGUAGGUGCCAUUAAUCCUGGCCUUGUGUAUGAUGCAAAUCUUGUUGACUAUGUGCAGUUCUUGUGUGGACAAAACUACACCAACCGAAUGUUAAGACGUAUUACGGGUGACCAAACCGAUUGCACUCAUUAUGGGAGUAAAACUUCUUUAAAUAUUAACAUGCCUUCAUUUUCCAUCCCAAUUUCUCGGUCAAAUACUCAUUUUAAUGUUUCUUUGAGUAGGAUAGUUACCAAUGUGGGGUGGUUAAGAGCUACUUAUACUGCUAAGAUUCUUACUCCACCUACAUUCACAAUACGAGUGGUUCCGAGCAGACUUUCUUUCACUAGGGUCGGACAAAUUCUGUCAUUUAGAUUGAUUGUUGAGGGAAUAAUGAAUCCAGUGAAACCGGUUUCGGCUUCUUUGUCAUGGAUAAGUGACACAAACACAGUAGUGAGAAGUCCCAUUAUUAUUUUUGGUUCAAGUACAUGA